CCGGACAGUGUUGAGGUUUGAUAACGUCUGGAACCUCAUGCAAUAGUCCUUCUUUUGGCCCAAGAGCAACCCCGAAGCAAGUGUUUCACUGGCAGCAAUGAUGAUAUCCACCCAAAUAUUUACAAGCGUGUUCAGUACGUCAUAUUUCAGCAAGAUCUUUUUUGUGUGCUGCGCGCUGUCAUUCAAGACUACGCCAUGCACUUUUGCGUACUGUUAAUGCGCGGUUCUCGAUGACGUAAAAAAACCCAGAAACAACUUCAUUGCAGGAUUAGUAGUGUCAGAUUUUGUUGUCUAAUUUUUUAAUGUCGAUUCACAAUGUCACCUUUCCUAAGAUUAAAAGGGUGAAAUAUUAAAGAUGCCUAGGGUCCCAGGAAACCUUGAGUAUGAAACACUGACCGAGUGUAAGUACAGCUUCCCUGGGGAAGUUGUGAGCGAUAUUAAGAGUGCCACAGCCACAUAUGGAGACCUGCGUACAUAUGUGGACUUCUACUGUUUUCCCAACAAGGAAAGGAAGAGACUAGUUUUCUUGGGGGGCACUAUUCCGGUUCAGCUCGAUGGCCACACGUACAAUAUCCCAGUGUGCAUCUGGCUCCACGAAACCCACCCUCAGAGCCGGCCGAGAUGCUAUGUCUGUUCCUCCGCCUCCCUGACCAUCAAUCCCAGAUGCCCGUACGUGGAGGCCUCAGGGCUGGUGACCUUGGACUGCCUCACCAAUUGGAACAGCGGGCUGAGCAACCUGUCAGUGCUCAUCACAGAAAUGAGGUCCGCAUUUCAAAAGGAAACGCCCCUCUACGCUGCAUAUCCAGUCAGAGCUCAGAAACAGCCUGCUGCAGCACGUUCCGGCGUGCCCACAGAGUCUUCAGACCCUGGCAGCCGGCCUCAACUAAACACCUCCACCCCAAAGGCCAGGCGCUCCUCCAUCCCCUCCGCCCUCACCACGGAAACAGCUCUGCUCAGGAGUUUAAAGUCCAGCCAGUCAGGGCCUCUCAGAGAGUCUGGACCAGGUGUAAGGCGGUCCUACACGGAGGAGCUGCUCAGUAUGGGAAUCACCUUUGGCGCACCAGUGGAGGUCCAGUCUCCCUUCUCCUCCACCAACCCCUUCAUCACUACUGCCUCAGUGCCAACUACCGCCCCCAUGGGUGAUGAGGACAUGAACAACCUGUUCAAGAGCCUGCAGCUGGAAAAUGUUGUCAAUAUUUACCAGCUCACCGCCAAAGAAAGAGGUCCGACGCAGGUAGGAGGAGGAGACAGUGGAGGUGGCGACCUAGCCAACGGCCCCGAGGUCACUGGCCCGGUGGACGACCGGCACCGCAUCCUUGUGAGCCGGCUUCCCCGGGGCCAGUCCCCCAGUCACGUGAGGAAUAAGCUCACCCUCUACUUCCAGCGCAGGAGCAAUGGUGGAGGGGAAGUGCUGGAUGUGACCUACCCUUACCCCCCGACCCAGGCCGACCAGGCCUUGGUCACCUUUCGCAGUGUCACGGACGCAGAACAGGUGCUCCUGAAGGCAGACCGGAUUGUGAUUGUGAAUGCUCAGCCGUUCAUGGUCCAGCUGAAGAGGUUUGACAGAGCACAGGUGCCACCCGGUGUCCCCAGCGACAAAGCGGACAUCUUUCAGAGCUUGCUGUCUCUGGAGGGGCGGAGCUUCAGCCCGACCGACGUGGAGGAGGCGGUGAAGUCUUGCCGGGACUUUCCCACGGCCCUGAAGUACCUUUCUCACGAAUGCCCCAUCUGCCGUGAGCAGGUGUCUUUCAGCAAGAUCAUCACCAUGACCCACUGCCCCUGUGCCUUCUGCGAGAGCUGCUUCAAGGCCUACUUCUCCCAGGUCAUCAAGGAGAAGAGCAUCACCCAUGUGGUGUGUCCCCUGUGUGGCCAGCCGGACGUGCGUCAGGGCCAGGGGGGCGUGGAGGUGAUCAUGGACUACUUCAGCCUGCUGGACACCCAGAUCAGACACUAUCUGGGCCCUCAGAUCCACGAGUUGUUCCAGAGGAAGCUCAGAGACCAGGCCCUGCAGGAGAUGCCCAACUUCCGUUGGUGUGCUCAUUGCUCCUUUGGCCUUCUACAUGAGGCUGACCAGCUCAGGAUGGACUGCCCUAGUUGUAAGAAGAGCACCUGCUCCCAGUGCAAGACUGCAUGGGCUCCACAACAUGAGGGACUUUCCUGUGAGAAGUUCAAAGAGUGGCAACUCCACAACAACCCGGAGUACCAGAAAGCAAGACUGGAGUAUGUACUCAGCAGGAAUAAAAUAGAGUGUCCGAAAUGCAGGUUCGUGUUCUACCUCUCCAAGGGGGGCUGUUUGCAUUUCAGGUGCACCCAGUGCCAGCACGACUUCUGUGGGGGCUGCAGCAGGCCUUUCAAACCUGGCCUGGAGUGCGGCUUCUCGGCUGACUGUGGGUCCAAGGGGUUACAUGCCCAUCACCCCAGGGACUGCUUGUACCACCUGAGGGACUGGAACGUGCCCAGACUACACAAGCUGCUCCAGCUUUACAAAGUGCCUCUUGAAGGACUUGUGAAACCCAAAGAUGGCCCGGAAAGGUCCAGCUCACAAGGAGCUUGUGUAGUCCUGGAGUACAAAGAGUCAGGCAGAGAGGACCCCUGCAGUCGACCCCCUCUACCUGAAUACAACGGUUACUGCUGCUUGCACUAUAAAGAAUGUCUAGUUGAGCUGAUCAACGGGAGUCUCGCAGACCCGGCGGCUCUGUACAACAUGGCCGAGAUAGUUGCCGAGCUGCAGAGGUGGCAUGUGCCUGUUCCACAGAGGAACCCUAAGGAACCUGAGGCCCUCUAUAUGCAUCGUCUUAGACAGAUCCUGACUCAGGAGGUUGGCCUGAAGGACCACAAGCUGCCCCCUGUGAGGGUGAAAGAUGACCUUUGCCCUGUGGGGCCCCCCUGGUCUUCUGCUCAGAGCAGCACUCCGAGGCACAACCCAGACAACUCCCAAUUGCUGCUGUUUCUCAACGAGUAAGGCGCUGUGAAAGCCUUUGACAUUAGGCUUGAAAUAAGCCUUGUUCAUUAGGGCACAUUAUGGAAAAUGUUCUGAAAAGCAGUGGAAAAACUAAAACGAGCAUUCAUAGGACAGGUCGGGUAGUGCCUUCUCCUGUUUUUCUGUCUGGUGCUGAGUGAAUAUUACAUUUAGGUUGGUUCCUGGCCUGUCAACUAAAAUUACUGCAUUAAGAGUUUUAUUUUUUUAUGCUGUCCUUGAUCAAGAGUAAUUUAUUUGCAGUUUAUUCAUGACAAACAGCAAAAUUGAAGUUAACACUUCAACAUAGACAGCAUGGUGGCUGUAGACAUUACACUCCCACUGUGGCGAUCAUUAUGAGUGAUCAUUUUACCUAUGAAGAAUUUAGACCACAAAAUGUGAAGUGUAUAAACAGGAUGUAUAAUUUCUCCAGCCACAACUACAGUGACAUUUUCACUUUCUCUCUGUUGUUCUCAGGAUGUCUAAAACAAACAAAAUCAGUAUUUAUUACGUUUAGUUUUAAAUGCUUUUGUGACAUUUACCUGCAUGGAAAUUCCUAUAUACUUUGUGACUAAACUAUUACUGAAUGAUAGGAGCUUCUGGUUAAGCAGAAAGCUAUCGGGUGCGAUGUGUUAUAGUGUGAUUAUAAUGCAUUGUACACUUGUUCCAAUCACAAUAGCCCGAUUUGACUGACUUUAACGCUGGUGGUUCGUUAAUGAAUAAUAAGCGUUAAAAUCAAUAGCCUUUUUGAGUGGAUUGACCUUUUACAUAAUAAAAGCCUUAUGAUAAGACACGAUAAAGGCUCACACAUGGUUAUAAUAAUAAGUAAUAAUAUCUGUCAGCUGUUAACCGUCAUUUACUCACCACCUCUACCAUAUUAUUACUGAGCACUUUUAUUCUUAAACAGGGACUUUUAUUCUUAAAGGGGGAAAGCAUACAUGUGGGAGGAGUCAUAGUUGUAAGACCCAUCUGCAUCUAUCUGGAGCUUGAACACUCCUGAAUAAGACCCUUUUUUCAGCUGAAUAAAAUCACACUCAUUUUAUUAUUUUACAUGCAGGCUAGCCUUUUUCAUAAUGGAUCUUGUUUCGUAGGCUGACCACAUGGUUUGGCUAACUCUGUUAGCACACACCCCCCACUUUGAAGUCCCAAAAGUUUACAUUUAAAAUCAUUUUGGUGACGGUUGAGUUUAGUGUAAGGAGUGGUCUAAGACACUGAUAUAUGAUAUCACCAGACAAAGGUUUGGGUCAGUUCAAGUGGUUGUGUCUAAACAAAGACAAGGCAGAUAGUGUAUGGACAAGCCCCGGUCACAUUUAUCCAAACUCAACCUCAUUGUGAUUAAGGGAACAAUUAUCAUGGUUGCUUCCUGUUGUACUUCCUGGUGUACCUAGUGCUCUAACUCUGGUAUUCACUGCUAGGGUGUUCACCACUCCAGCAUUCAGAGGAGCGCUGUUACUUGUGCACCUUGGCUACAAUGUGAAUAUAACGUGUGGGGCAAAACUCCUAGGAACUUACAGAUCCGGGGUCAGUUCAGCCUUUUCCCCACUUACAGUUAAGCCUACAACUACUGUGUGAAGCUGAUCUUAGAUCUGUACUCAUGCAGCCCAACGGAGUGAGGGCGUUAGUAUCUGUGUUUGUAAAAGAUCUGGAAAUAGGUGGACAUUGUGUUGAUUAACACAAUCACAUCAGUAACUAUUAUUCUGGUCCUCUGGGGAAGGACAGGUUCUACUGACUACAGUAAUAAACUCUUAUUUUUCUA